AGAGCCGACCGAGCCAGAGCCGCUGUCAUCUUUAACCCAGCUCAGCAGAUCGGUUGCCGCCACCGCCGCCGCCAGAUUCCAGAAGCAAAGAACAAGAAGCUGGGAAGGGAGACAUGGACGUGAAUAUCGCUCCGCUCCGCGCCUGGGACGAUUUCUUCCCAGGCUCUGACCGCUUCGCCCGGCCGGACUUCAGGGACAUUUCCAAAUGGAACAACCGCGUGGUGAGCAACCUGCUCUAUUAUCAGACCAACUACCUGGUGGUGGCUGCCAUGAUGAUUUCCGUCGUGGGGUUCCUGAGCCCCUUCAACAUGAUUCUUGGAGGCAUCGUGGUGGUGCUGGUGUUCACGGGCUUCGUGUGGGCCGCCCACAAUAAGGACAUCCUCCGCCGGAUGAAGAAGCAGCGCCCCACAGCGUUUGUCAUGGUGGUCAUGCUGGCCAGUUACUUCCUCAUAUCCAUGUUUGGGGGAGUCAUGGUGUUCGUGUUUGGCAUCACUUUUCCUUUGCUGUUGAUGUUUAUCCACGCAUCGCUGAGACUCCGGAACCUCAAGAACAAACUGGAGAAUAAAAUGGAGGGAAUCGGUCUGAAGAGGACGCCCAUGGGCAUUGUCCUGGAUGCCCUAGAACAGCAGGAAGAAAGCAUCAGCAAGUUCACUGACUAUAUCAGUAAAGUGAAGGAGUAAAUAGAGCUGACCUGCUGAUAGGGUUGCAGCAGAAAUCGAGUUGCAGUUUGUCCUUGUCCAGACCUACUUUCCGUUUGUGUUUUUGAAAUACGAGGUGCACAAACCAUCCAGCUAUCCAUGGCAGCACGCACGGAGAGGCCACCCUGUUCUCAUCUCUGCUGUUACAGAGAAAAGGCCUCAAACUGAAAGAAACCACCCUCCUAUUAUGUCUGAAGUUUCAAGUGUGUUUAUGAAAGCUGAUAGGAAAUGGGUCGCACUUAUUUCUUAAGGGGAAUAAAAGAAAAGAAUUACGGAUUGUACUGCAACAGUAUGGUUAUCUUGUAGGAAAAAAGUAAUUGUCAAGGAUCAAGGCAAUAUGAGUAAAUGAAAAGACUA